AUAAAAAUACAGUGAGCAAAGAGAAAAUUCCGACAGAAUAUUCAAAAAAUAGUAAAAAAGUGAAUGAAAAUGUCUGAUGAAGUCAUAGCAAAACACAGACUCCACAGUGGGAUAUUCCAUCCCCUCUUGCGUCAGUGGCAGACGAGAAAUGUCGAGAUCACUCCGGAUAACAUCAUGUACCCGAUAUUUAUUUUGGAUGAACCCGAUGCUAGAGACGAGAUAUCCAGUAUGCCAGGAAUAUUUAGAUACGGGAUAAAUCAAUUGAAAUUGACGCUGGAGCCGUUGGUAGCUAAAGGGCUGAAGUCUGUAUUACUGUUCGGAGUUAUUAACAAUGAAUUUAAGGAUCCUCUGGGAACUAACGCUGACAGCCCGAGUAAUCCAAUAGUCCAGGCAUUGCCCCAGUUGCGAAAGUGGUUUCCGCACUUAGUAAUUGCUUGCGAUGUAUGCCUGUGUCCUUAUACAAGCCACGGACAUUGUGGGAUCCUCACUGAUGAUGGCUUAAUAGAUAAUAAAUCGAGUAUCCAGAGAAUUGCUGAGAUUUCCGUGGCAUACAGUCGAGCUGGUGCACAUAUUAUUGCUCCAUCAGAUAUGAUGGACGGACGAAUCGGUGCGAUAAAAAAGGCUCUGUCGAAAGAGGGAUUUGAUAACAGAGUGGCAGUGUUAUCUUACUCCGUAAAAUUCGCAUCUGGGUUUUAUGGGCCUUUUCGCGAUGCCUCCAAGUCAGCGCCGAAAUUCGGUGAUAGGCAGAGCUAUCAGUUACCCCCUGGCAGUGUGGGAUUAGCUGCCAGAGCUGCUGAGAGGGACGUGGCUGAGGGUGCCGACAUGAUAAUGGUAAAACCAGGCUUGGCAUAUCUAGACGUCGUCAGGGUCACCAAAGAAGCCCAUCCCCAUCACCCGAUGUUCAUUUACCAAGUAUCCGGGGAAUACGCAAUGCUGUACCACGCAGCCAAGAACGGCGCUAUCAAUCUUAAAAGUGUCUUACACGAGGUUCUCCUAUCCAUGAGGAGAGCCGGGGCUGACUGCAUCAUCACGUACUUCACUCCACUAAUCUUGGAGAUGAUUCACACUCGGAGUAGACUAUGAAGUACCCAAAUUUUUAAAAACAAUAUUAUCGGAAAGGUGGUGUUAGCGGGACAACUGAGAAACUUUGUAAAUAGUACUUAAAUAGAAAUAUAUGAAAUUUUAAAAAAUGUCUUCUGCACAAAUCGAGCUGAGACAUGGCUAGAACAAAUUGCAUUCAAUCCGAUAUUAUUAGAUUUAAAAAACGAGAUCAUCACAUGUCACAAUGUCUGCCUGGGAGUGCUAAUAAAUUUGAAUUACAUCAAACUUCA